CGACGCCUCUUCUUCGCAGGACCCUGAGGAUUCCGCAAUCGACGUCGACUGGCCUUCACCCCCGACCUUGCAAUCAUUCUCUUCAACCUCGCCAUCAUCGACUAGUACAGAAUAAAGCGAAGUCGGCCUGAAACGCAGCAGCAGAGGCUCAAUUGGUCCCCCACAAUCCCACCAUCGGCCAUCUCGGCGCGUCGAAGCAUUGCCAGUCUGACCAAAGCGUGUCGUCGCUCCCUCACCACAAGGGUCUAAAAAUUACGACCGACCAAAAAAGAGCAGCAUCCAGCCUGGGCGCCGAAGCCGGCUACGAGCAUUAAACAAAACGCAACCAUGUCCUUCACUUUCAGCCUCCGAGGCCUUGCCUCGCGGCUUCUCUUUUCUCGACCGACGCCGACGACUGCCGCCAUCGGCACCCGCGCCGCCCUCGCCGCCCUUGCCCCACAAUCCAGCAUCACUAUGCCGUCGUCGUCCGUAGUAGUAGCCUCGUACGCCACGGCGGCGCCCGGAAGCGGGCGGGGUGGCGGCAAGCCGUCGGGCAAGGACCUGUGGGUGGCGGCGGGCGCGGGGCGGAAGUCGGGCAAGGGCAAGGGGCCGGCGCGGGACCCGCGGAUCCUCAACAUGCUGUCCCACAUGGCGGCGCUGACGCCGCGGCGGCUUCCCGCGCCGCUGCGCAUGGGCCGCAACCGGCACCUGCGGCACUGGACGAUCCACCGCGCGUGGCUGCUGUUCCGCCGCCGGCAGCGCGAGGCGCGCGAGGGCCGCCUGAUGCUGCAGCACCAGAGCAUGGAGAGCGCCUGCGAGGCCCUGCGCCUGACGGAGGGCCCGGGGACCCGCGACCAGGGCUACCUGUAUCGCGUCGCCAUGGAGAAGAAGGGCGUCUACGGCCACCACGGCAUCCCCAUCGAGUACGCCCGCGCCCAGGUCGAUACGCCCCCGCGCGUCCCGUGGAACCACGACUGGAAGGCCUGAGCAUGUCUUUGGCGACUGCCUACCUCUACGUGGGUAUGAAAUACUUGCACAGCGAAAAAGCUCAUGCAAGCGUACCAAAAAAUCACAACAUUAUUUUUAUGCCUAGCACUCUCGCAUAUCUCUAACGAGACUGGCAUAUUACCGCGGAAUCUUGUGAAGAUCAGGUGCAAAAAGGACCCGAACAGGCAUAUCAAGGCCCAGGGCAUGGAAGACUGCAAGGAAACAUAGUCAGGAAUUGGAGGAUUCUCUCACACCAGAUUUCCCGGCAUUGUAUCAUAUCUAUUAAGGGAGAGCGCCCUAGAGCCUUUAGACAGAGGAUAGCGGAGGGCACGCUUUGUAACAAAUACACACAUGUACAUAGAUACCUACCUAUACAAAUAGCAUUGUCGAAUGGCAACGAUACGGCCAUGGAAGUGAAUUACUAGGCAUCAAAAACCACA